AUGUCAAAGACAGCACAAAAGCGACUCCUCAAAGAGCUUCAGCAGUUGGUUAAAGACAGUCCGGAGGGUAUUGUUGCUGGUCCGAAAUCUGAAAACAACUUAUUUGUUUGGGACUGUCUGAUCAGCGGCCCACCAGAUUCUCCUUACGAAGGCGGGGUAUUCAACGCUACACUAGAAUUUCCAAGGGACUACCCUCUAUCACCACCCAAGCUUACAUUUACACCAAGUAUUUUACAUCCAAAUAUCUAUCCAAAUGGAGAAGUUUGUAUCUCAAUCCUUCAUUCUCCGGGCGAAGAUCCAAGCAUGUAUGAGCUUGCUGAAGAAAGAUGGUCGCCAGUCCAAAGCGUAGAGAAAAUUCUACUAAGUGUUAUGAGUAUGUUAAGCGAGCCAAAUGUCGAAUCUGGGGCAAAUAUAGAUGCAUGCAUUCUAUGGCGAGACAACCGACCUGAAUUCGAGAAACAAGUGAAGGUUGCAAUCCUUAAAUCGUUAGGAUUUUGA